AUGCGUCCGGUCGUCAUUGCCGCAUGCUUGCUGCUGCUCGCGCCCAUCACCGAUUCUUGGUGGGCGUCCGGCAGCGCAGUGAUUCUAGACCCGCGCAUGGUUUGCAAGAAAAAUCGACGGACGCGGGGACGCUUGGCGCAGAUUUGCAAGAACGAGACGGGUUUGUUGAAGGAAAUUACCAAGGGCGUGACCCUAGGAGCCACAGAGUGCGCAUAUCAGUUUAGGAAUCGAAGGUGGAACUGCACCACUCAGAGACGCAGUAUGAGGAAAAUACUGUUGAGAGAUACGCGGGAAACAGGCUUUGUAAAUGCAAUCACUGCUGCUGGAGUUACAUAUGCUAUAACGCGAGCUUGUACUGCAGGAGCACUUUUAGAAUGUUCAUGUGAAAAGGAUGUUACUAAACCCCGUCGCGGGAGGAUUUCUCCAGUUCCGCUCCCCCCGUCCUCAGUCGAGACGGACCGAUGGCAAUGGGGCGGUUGUAGUGACAAUAUACGCUUUGGUCUGCAAAAGUCUAGGGAAUUUAUGGACAGUCGUUACAGGAAACGAAGUGAUAAUAUAAAGACUUUGAUUAAACUUCACAACCACAACGCUGGGAGGUUGGCAAUCAAAAAUAACAUGAGAGUUGAAUGUAAAUGCCAUGGACUAUCAGGUUCAUGUACUCUUCGUACUUGCUGGUGGAGGAUGCCAGCUUUUAGAGAAGUUGGUAAUCGACUGCGCGACAGAUUUGAAGGUGCUUCGAAGGUAAUUUCGAACAACAACGGUGAAGGGUUUAUGCCAGAGAGUCCAAAUUUAAAGAAUCCUGGCAAAAAGGACAUCAUUUAUUCAGAAGAAUCCCCGGAUUUUUGUACUCCCAAUAUGAAGACUGGAUCUCUUGGUACAGAAGGACGUCAAUGUAAUAUAAGUUCUGCGGGAACAGAUAGUUGUGAUCAACUCUGCUGCAGACGAGGAUAUGUACAAAAUACAAUAAGAGAGUCAGAAAAUUGUAACUGUCAAUUUAAAUGGUGCUGCGAAGUAAUUUGUGAAACAUGUUACAUAAAGCGAGACAUACAAACAUGCCUAUAA